GAAUCAAACCUGUCACUGAAAGUUUUCAUUUUUCACGCGUGCAAACGGUGCAAACAAAUAAUAAAAAAAAAGCGAAACGUCAAUCGAAAGUUAAAGAAUGUUAUUUAGGAUUUGUCGUCGCUUGGCUGCCGGUAGGUGCAUUCGCCCGUUCUCCAGCGGAGGCAGCAUGUAUGAACCGGAUUACUUGGAGAAACUUCGUCCCAAGUAUCCUGUCUACAAUACGCUUAACUUCACCAUCAAGGGUUAUGACUAUCCGAUACUGGAAAGUUACCAAAAGUUCAUCUACAACGUUGCGGACACGAUGGACCUGGACACGGUGGACUCCUGGGCUCAGCCGCCGCGCAAGCUCAACGUGCAAAAGUUUAAGCCCGCUUCGGCGAUUAUCGAGAGUGAGUAUAAACUGACCGUCUACGAGCGUAAUGUACAAAUUGCGAGCUUGCAAGCACCGCUUUAUCCGAUGUUCGUGCGAAUAUUGCAAGAAGCUUUACCGGAAGGGGUCACUCUGAGCGUGAGCGAGCACACGUCUGAGGUGGAAGACGCUCGCUUUGUUCCCGAUCGCGAUUUGCUCGAUCUAAAGCAGAAAUUAGGUGAAAUUACUUCAUCCCGGGAUAAGAAAUAAAAAGUUAAUAUUACGCAUUAGAUGAUUAACCAGAAAUAAACGAUUUGC